AUGAUGCUGAAUCGGAUCGAGGGUUCGGGUAGACACCAGAAGCGUGAGAGAUAUCACUCGCGCUCGCAUAGUCGUGAGCGUGGGCGUGAUAAGAAGCGAGGGAGUCGUGGGGGCAAUCGUGCAUAUUUCGAAUCUUCAGAGUCUGAAGAAGAGCUUUAUUGCACGGUCUGCCAUGAUACUAACCACACGGCGGAAGACUGCCCCAGAUAUGGAGGGUUCAGCAGGGGCGGCAUUGAAGAAGAAGCCGCGUCGCAAGUGAAAUGGGGCGGGGGUCCUGUGGUUGUUGGCGCUGUGCACACGUGGCGUAUGCAAAUUCUGGUUGUACAUUCAACCUCGUUACGAAUCGUAGGCUUGAUAAGCUCGGUGUGGCGGCCAGAGACAG